AAGUGCCAAAGAUUUUAAAACAAGACUGAAAAAUGGUAAGCAAAUUACCACAAGAGUUUAGAAGAUAUCUACGUAAUAGAAAUCACCUACAACAUGUUCUUGAAGAAACUCAACGUACUUUAGAAGUUAUUAAUCUAGAAAAUUUCUUUCCUGGAGAAAAUAUUGUGGAGGAAUUACUACCCCCCUUAACAUUGGACAGAAUCACACAUAUUUUAGCGAAUUCUCCAGCUAUUGUAGUUCUUGGACAAGAUAACAAGGCAAAAGCAACAAUAGUUAAUACUUUAAUAUCUACCAAUAUCUUACCAGUAUGUAAUGGAUUAUGGCGGUGGAUUAAGCUUACUUAUGGUCAAACAAACCACAUUAGUCUCACAUUAGGUCUAGAAUAUGAAAUACUUGAAAAUUUGCAAGCAAAUGAAAAACCUUGGACUACACUUCCAAUCGAAGAUCUAACAAAAUCUGGAAGUGAAGAUACAACUUAUCCAACAGUACUUGAAGUCCAACUAAACCAACCUAUAUUAAAAGAUGGUGUUCAAAUAUUUAUUGCUCCAAACACUGGAGCGGUAAAAGUUCUUGAAAAAGAGUUGUUAUCUAUUUUACCAAUAUUUUUAUAUGCGCUUGGUGAUCAACCUUUAACAGAACAAAAUUUGAAAGAGCUAAGAGACCUAAGGGAGUCUUACCCCUUUAAUCCAGUACUUUUUAUAUCAUCUUUGGGAGAUAUCUUAAUGACUGGCAUUGAUGCUGAAUUGACUGAAUCUGAGCAACAUAGACUUCAAAAUCAACUAAGUUCUAAUGAUUCUACAGCAAGUAAUACUGAUGGUGAUAUUGAUUUUGAUAGAAUGAAUUCGCUUGGUUUAACAUGGUUGGAUCAGCUCGCAAAUUUAGGUUUCCUUGGAAUGAAAGAGUCUGUUGAAGUUGAUCAAUUAUCUUGGCUCGGUAGUGGGCAAUGUAUUAGCUCUAGUGACUUUCUUGACUCAUACAAAAAAACAGACCGAAUUUUAUAUUUCAUUCGUGGAUGUUUGCAAACAUACCUUAUUAAUGCUAGCACUUAUUUAAAUGAAGUACAUACAACGAGCCUAAGAAAGUUUAUUUUAAGUGCCUUUGAUAUGGCACGUAUAAUUCAAAUAACUCCUAAGAGAAUACAGUAUGCUCAACAGAAAGAAAAUGAAUUAUAUGACAAUUUAAUGAAAAUUGUUCAUGAAAAACAACAAGAACUAACUGGAUUAAUACAAAAUAUUAUUCAAGAGAUGAAAAAUGAUGUAUUAUCAUCUAGUAAUGAUGUAUGUUUAUAUCAAAACCACUUCAAUAAUAAAGAGAGGACGGAAUGGUCUGUAACCGUCAAAGCUGCAAUUUCUGAAGUUCAGAGAAUAAUGCUUUACUGUUUAGGUGAAAAAGUUGCAAAGCAACUUGUAAAUUCCGUUAACUGUUUACGUGAAAGCUUUUUUGGUACCUUACAGCGUUGUUUAUUGAGUCUCGAAAGAACAUACGAAUGCGAUACUUGUUUAUUAGCUAGUGAUGCUUUGAAACAAAUACUUUCAGCUGCAUAUAAUAUUGAAUUACAUAACUCUUCACCAUUUUCAAUAUAUUCAUUUUUAGAAAGAUUCAAUCUGAUUUUUAUGUCUUCAUCUUUGCAAUGGUCAUCAACUCACACUCUAGAUGUAGCUUGGUGGAAAAAAGUGGAAAUUGAGAUAUUGAAUUCUUUAUCAGCAUCAAAGUUGGCUAAAAUGAUAUUGAUGCAAUUUGGAGAUAAACUUGAGUCCUCACAUGAUGCAUUUCAGGCUGCUCUCAGAUCAAUAGAAAAUUAUUAUUCUGGGGAGUUAGAAAGAACUGAAGAACAAAGAAUAGCUAUUAGAAAAUAUCAUGCUCCUAGAUUAGCUAAAUUAGCAUUAGAAUCCACAUCAAUGAUAGAUCUUGUUCGCUAUGGAAUGCCCCAUUGUAAAGAAGAAAUUGGUCGUGGUCAAUAUGGCAUUGUAUUUGCUUCUGAUGGCUGGGGAGGCACAUCUGGUCCUUGUGCAGUUAAGUCAGUUGUUCCUUCAGACGAAAGCCAUUGGAAUGAUCUGGCUAUGGAAUUUUACUAUAGUAGGUCCAUUCCUGAACAUAAAAGAAUAGUGAAGCUUCGUGGAUCAAUUAUUGAUCAAUCUUAUGGUGGAGGAUUUGGUCUUGGAUCUGCAGUUCUUUUAAUAUCGGAUCGUUUAAGUCGUGAUUUAUAUUGUGGAAUACGCGCUGGUUUAUCUUGGUUAGAACGCAUACAAAUAGCUCUAGAUGUGUUGGAAGGAAUACGCUAUCUUCAUUCUCAAGGACUUGUACAUCGGGAUAUUAAAUUAAAAAAUGUUCUUCUCGAUACCGAAAAUAGAGCAAAAUUAACUGACUUUGGAUUUUGCAUCACUGAAGUUAUGAUGUUAGGGAGUAUUGUUGGAACACCUGUUCAUAUGGCACCAGAGCUCCUCUCUGGUCAUUAUGAUAGUAGCGUCGAUGUAUAUGCAUUUGGAAUUUUAUUUUGGUACAUAUGCGCGGGACAUGUAAGAUUACCAUAUGCUUUUGAACAAUUCCAUAAUAAAGAACUAUUAUGGACUAGUGUGAGAAAAGGUAUACGUCCAGAAAGAUUACCUUCUUUUGACAAUGAAUGUUGGAAGUUAAUGGAACAAUGUUGGUCUGGAGAACCAUCUAAACGUCCUUUACUUGGUGCUAUUGUACCAGUGUUAGAAUCUAUUCAACAAAAAGCAAAAGCGAAAGAAGCCUUACAAGAACUUUCAACAGAGAAGUUACAAGCAAGUUCGUCAACAGAUUUAAAAAAUCCUGCAUUAGCAUUAGCAGAACCUUAUAAUCAAAGAGGUACUGUAGCUAGCCCUCCUCCUGCAAAACGUAGGGCAAUGAGCAUUAUAAAAUAUCAUCUUUUUCUGACCAACUUAUACAUUCAAAUGCGGGAACUAUAAAGUGCGUAUUAUUUUCUCUGCUUGUGUAUUUAAAAUUUUUAGGUGAUCUGACUAUAUUCAAUCUCAGUUCUAAAUAUUUUUUAAAACAAUUUAUUAGUUUCUAUUGCAUAUAUUUGGCGCCUUUCAAUAGUAUUUUAAGUGCCACAGUAUUAAUUGACAACCUAAUUAUUGUUACUCUCUUAGAAAUUUUUUUAAUUUUAUAUCUGCCUACAAAUAAUUUAAUUUAAUUUAAUAUAAACAAAAAAGAACAAAAUAAUUGAACUGUGUAAAUAUAAUUUAUGAUUAAAUAUGCAAUUAUGAACAGAUUGUAUAAAUUUAUUUUUAUAUUAGAAACAUAAGUACAUAAUUAUGAUAUUUGAUGAAUUACGUAUGUAAUUAGUGAGGUAUCCACUUCAUUGUGAUAUGAAAAGGUAUGAUAGAGAGUAAGGAAAUCCAAGAUUGUAAAGAUUGAAAAAUAAAUAAAGAUUCCCAGUUUU